AUGGUGUUGACAAGCAUCUCCAAAAAGAAGGAAAGCUCCGAUGAAGAUAGCUCAGUCCAAGAAGAAAAACGAAGUAAUGAGAGUUCGAGCAUCGAGGAUUCUUCCUCCGAUGAGGAAUCCGAGAAUGAGGAAGAUGUCACAGCGAUCUUCAAGGGAAGGGAACAAGACGAAAGUGACGAUGGGGGAAUGAGUGAUGCAGACUCCGAUGAUAAUGCACAGGAAGCAAAUCAUAUUGCAGCGUCUGUCAACAAAAAUUCGGAUGAGUGCAUAUUUGAUCUCAGAAAUAUGUUAGCCAUUAAUUCGGAUCAAGUUGCGUUGAAAUCGCUUUACAACAAGAAAUCAAGCGAUGAGAAGAACAUAUCGAUUCCACUCGAUGAGAGCCACGGAUUGGUCAUUGAUGAAGACUUCCUCUUGUCAAAGGCUACACACGGGUGCACUCAACUUGUCCAGGCUCUAUUCCAGUUGCCUACUGAGCGCAGUGAUGCAGGUCCACUUGUGCAACUCCCUGCUUAUGAUGAGAUGAAACUCCCAAGGGCACUUCCACCGCCGCCUCCGAAACAAGAAACGAAAUGGGAAAAGUUUGCAAAAGCAAAAGGUAUUCCUCUCAACAAAGAAAAGCGCUCGCGCAAGGUUUGGGACGAAACUACAGGUACUUGGAUGUUCCGACAUGGAUAUGAAAAGGCAAAUAGCAAAUCCAAAGAAUGGCCAAUCAUGGAAGUUGGAGCAAACGAUGACCCCUACGCUGAUCCCUGGGAAACUCUUCGUGAUGGAAAACGAGCGCGUACGGAUCGAAAUAUCGAGAGCCGCAUGAAGAAUCAAGAAAGGGCUGGAAAUUUGGCAAAAGGAACCACAAACCGUGUCAUGAAGGCCCGAGAGCAGAGUCGCAAAUCCGGAAAGAAUGCGGGCAAUUUGGGCCGUGACAGUCUCCCACCAAGUGGUCUUCCUGUGGACUUAAAAGGAAAUAACGGCGAUACAAAGAAAAGAGGAAAGGUUUCCACAAAUGCUGCGCUCGAGGCUGUGCAGAGGUCUACAGCCUCUAUGGGCCGAUUCGAUCAAAUGAGGGAGGGUGAACCGGAACGAAAGAAGAUUCUCUCCAAAGUGAAAAAGAGGAAGUUCGAAUCAAAUACAUCGAAGACCUACUCGUCUUCGGAAGGCGAAAAGUCGAUGAAGAUUCUCAAUUCGGUGAUGAAUGGCGGUGGUGUAGCAAAAGAAAAGGCAAUUCGAAAGGGCAAAUUGGCGAAGGGCGAAACAGCUUUCGACUACGAAUAUGACGAUGGUCUUGGAGCUUCUUCUUUCAAAAAGAAGAAGGGAAGAGCCGGAGCCGGAAAGAACAAGAAAAUGACAAAGCGAAGGAUUAAAUAG